AUGGGCUGCAGUAGAGAGAGAGCACUUCCUUCUACAGGCCCUAACGGGGCGGAGAGGGACGCCAUGUGGGAGGAGGAUGACUUUGAACUUCGAGUUCUCGAGGAAUCAUUCUCGGACUCUCCCCGGCAGGGGAGUCCCAGACGGCAGAGGGACCAGGGCCUACCUACUGAUAGGAAUGGUAACCCGAUGGAUCUUAAUGCUCGGCCCUCCCUCUCGUCGUUGUACAACGAAAUAGAGAGUUCCGACUCUUUACGAGCGCGGAAUCUCCAAUUGGGGGAGGAUCUGGAGCGAAUCCAUGAAAUGGAACGGAACCUCCAGAACGAGAGGGAUCCCGACCGUCGUCGGGAAGUAGCCGCGCGCAUAGAUCGGGAGGUGCGCGAGCUGGAGCGACAAAUUUCCUUCUGUCAAACCCGGGAUGCAGUUCGGGAUGAUCAACUGGACGUAUGGAGGGAGGGGCUUUAUGAGGAAUUAGCAACGCAAGGGGAGAAACAGGCCCGCCUUACGUUACUAAAUUCGUGGCUCAAGGUGUACAACAACCUUAACCGCACAAGCCUGGGCUGGGCCUACCUCCAUCCCUAG